AUGCAGGGAGGUGUGGGAAGGAAGAAGCUCGCGGAAUUCUAUGGAGAAUUCUUUGUGCCUAGCUUGGUAGAAGACUUUUCCAUACGGUUGGUCUCCAGGACCAUGGGUGUCAAUCGUAUAGUAGACGAGAUGGUUGUGUCGUUUACACAUUCGGACGAGAUUGACUGGGUAUUGCCAGGUGUACCACCAACGAACAAGCGAGUGGAAAUACCCAUGGUCAGUAUCGUGGCGGUAAGAGGAGACAAGUUGGUCUCGGAGCACAUGUACUGGGAUCAAGCUUCUGUUCUUGUACAGGUUGGCUUACUAGAUCCUAAGAUGGUACCGAGGAAGUUGAAAAACGACGGAUUGAAAGCGCUACCUGUUACAGGAGCAGAGGCAGCAAAGCAACUUGUUGAACCGCAGCAGAGUCGAUAUAACAAGCUGUUGCAGAUGCAUGGUCUGAUGGACGGGGUGAAUGGCAACUAG